CUCCCUUUCCGGUCUUCUCCGUUGCGGCGUCCGCUGCUGUCGUAACGUCACUGGGGCGCGCCGUGCCGCUCGCACGUGUGGCGGUGCCGCCAUGAGCUGCCCCGUGCCCUGCGCCGCCUGGGUGCGGCGCGGCGUGGCCAAGGAGACGCCCGACAAGGUGCAGCUCAGCGAGGUGGAGCUGAAGGGUCUCAUCGAGGAGGCGCAGGACAGGCUGGGGGAUGGUGCUGGUGGCAGUGAUGAAGGCCAGACAGCAGGUGACACACAUGCACCAGUGCCUGGCAGCAGCACUAAGUCUUCCCAAAACAAUGAAGAGCUGUCUGAUCACGAACUGGAUGAAUAUGAUUUGGACAAUUACGAUGCAGAGGAAUACACGGGUGAUUUAAAACUUGGAGACUCUUUGGCUACUCUGGCAGUAUAUGGGAGCAAUGAAAACGAUCCUUACAUCACUCUAAAAACCACUGAGCAAUAUGAACAGGAGGACUUUUUGAUUAAACCCAGUGACAAUCUUGUCCUUUGUGGCAGAGUUGAUAAAGACUGCUGUAGUUUGGAGGUCCAUGUUUAUAAUCAUGAAGAGGACUCAUUUUAUGUCCAUCAUGACAUUAUCUUGCCUGCUUACCCUCUGAGUCUGGAGUGGUUGAAUUUUGAUCCUAGUCCAGAUGAAUCAACAGGAAAUUAUGUUGCAGUGGGUAACAUGACCCCAGUCAUUGACAUUUGGGACCUUGAUGUAGUAGAAUCCUUGGAACCAGUCUUUUCUCUUGGAGGCAAGAAAGAGAAAAAGAAGAAAAAGAAAGGAAAGAAAAGUUUAUCUUCAGAAGGGACUGAAGGACAUACUGAUGCUGUGCUUGAUCUUUCAUGGAAUAAACAAAGCAGGAAUGUUUUAGCAAGUGCCUCUGCUGACAACACAGUGAUUUUGUGGGACAUGGCUGUGGGUAAGCCAGCAGCCAGCCUGACACUGCAUACAGACAAGGUCCAGACAUUGCAGUUUCAUCCGUUUGAAACUCAGACCCUCGUUUCUGGAUCGUUUGAUAAAUCAGCAGUGCUGUACGACUGCAGAAACCCCCAGGACAGCCAUCGAGUGUGGCGGUUUAGUGGUCAGGUUGAGAGAGUAAUUUGGAAUCAUUUCUCACCUUGCCAUUUCUUGGCAAGCACAGACGAUGGCUUUGUGUACUGUCUGGAUGCUCGCGCUGAUAAGCCCCUGUUUACUCUGAAAGCUCACGAUGAAGAGGUGUCAGGACUACAACUAAGCAGUCAGAUCAAAGGGUGCCUUGUGACAUCAUCUGCUGACAAAUAUGUGAAAAUUUGGGAUAUCCUGGGUGACAGACCAAGUUUAGUCCAUUCCAGGGAUAUGAAAAUGGGAGUUCUGUUCUGUGCAGCUUGCUGCCCUGACUUCCCAUUUGUCUUUGCCUUUGGAGGAGAGCGGGAAGGGCUGCGUGUUUGGGAUAUAAGCAAGAUCUCUGCAGUGAAUGAAGUUUUUGGAAACAGAGAGAGGCUCAUCCUGGCUAGUGCAAACACACUGGCUUCCAGCUCCACAGCAAGCAGUAGCAGCAAUGAUUUGGAGACAGCAAUGGAAUCAUGAUGGACCAAACAUCAAAAAAUCAAAGUAAUGAAUGGGACUACACCUAAUGUGUAUUCUACAAAUGCCCCUGUUUGGAAGUGACUCUGGUGUCUUGCAAUCGGCAGGCUUCUUCAUCUCAGCCAAAGAAAGGUGGUGGUGUGUAAGCUCUAAGCUCCUGCCCUCUAUUACCAGCUCUGAAAGACUGAAUCACGCGUUUUAGCCUGAGAUAAUGAUCCCUGAAACAGGGGCCACCAUUUGUAAAUCUGGUACAUAAAAUGGAACAGUCACUAGAAAAGCAUUCUGUGACCACAGAAGUUUGUUGAAUACUGCAAAGAAGGUAAAAGAUAAAACUCUCUAAGGGCAUAAAGAAAAAUAUUUCACACAACAGUUGUGUAAUAAAUAAACAAAAGAUUAAUUGACUUAAAUUACAAGUGUAAAUAAAUAAUUUAUCCUUAAUUUGAGACUAGAUUUACAGAUUUUGACAGAUCUUCCUAACUUUUUAAAUCUUAAGAGUAGUUCUCAGGCAACAAGUUUGAGUCUCCAGGCAGAAUCUUGGAAUGUAUUUCUAAUACAGGUAUUACCAGUAUCAAGCUAGAAAUAACCCAGCUCUGUCCCACUAAGACUGGGGGUUUCUUUUUCCAGGUUCCACAGCACCUGAAGUUUAGUGACAUUGCACAUAGUAUUGGGCUUUUCUUCACACUCCAGAUGUAUUUCAAGAGAAUUUCACCUGAAACAAGGAGCUGCUACUCAAGGAGGAUGAGAGGCUGUCAGGACACCAAGUGAGGGUUGGGAUCCCAGCUGGUCACUGUUACUGGUAAAAAGCUCUCUCUGUUAUGUUCUUAACUCUGCUCAGGCAUUUCUGCCUGACACCUGAAGGCACAGAGGAAAGUUUUAAGUAUCAGUUUAACUACUGACUUAAGCCCCUUGUUUGCAGAAUCAGGAACCUAAUCAAGGGAUGUGACUCAGUUUCCUUGCAUUUAUAAUGUAACACCCACCUGCUUUACCUCAGGAACUUAAUUGAUGCUCUUGACUUCCACUGCGCACUUGCCCUCUGCACACACUGAAGGUGCCUGUAGAGUCUUCCUGCUGCAAAAUACCCUGGAUAUUAAAUCCACUGAUGCCAAAGCAGCUGUAGGAUCAUACUCACAGCUGCCAAGCUCUUCCCCUGCUUUUCACCCUAACUCACUGUAGUUCAUGCUGGUGAGGUAAAGCAGGUAAAUUGAGUCCUUACAAACUGCAGAUGGGGAAAAGGCAAGUCUGUAAUUUUCAUUCCUACCCCUUAAGGGCAACUGGCUACUUUAAAGCUACUUCAGCUGUUUGUAGUCUGGUGAAGAUGUUCAGCAUGGCUCUGCAGUAACCAAGAAUACUCUGGAUGUGCUGGGAUUCCUGCCUCCAUCCUGUCUCUGCCAAGCAGUAGAGAAUGAUGUGGACCACAAAUGCUUUUGUGAAGCUUAAGAAGGUGUAUGUACCAGAACCUCUGCUGUUUACCUGCUCUCCAUUGAAAACUUACAGGUUUUUCAAAGCUUUAAUUUUAAAUAAAUGCUUUGUGACAAGA